CCCAAAAUAGGCCACAGGAUUUUGUCUUGCCACAGAAGGGGAAAAACGACCCCAAUCGACAUCAGCAAUUGCACAAACACCUGUUUGGACGACGAGAAAAUCAAAUGGGUGCGGAAGAGGAAAGUCAAGAAGCAAACCGGAUAUCAGGGCCCAACCAUAAUCCUAAUCCUAACCCUAACCCUAACCCCAACCCCAACCCCAAUCCCAUGACGCAGGGUCAGUUUCUCUCCUGGAAACGCCAGAAGGAUGCAGAUGCAUCCGCUAGAAAAGCUGAAGCUGAAAGGAAACGUGCAGAGGAUAUAGCUGCAGGGGUAGUGCAGAUGAAUGGCAGGGAGCUUUUUGCACAUGAACCUUGGGUUUUUGACAAUUCUCUUUAUUGAGGUUUGCUGUAAAUCUGAAAGAAAGCGAGCUGCUAUGGCAUCAGAGGACAAACGUGUGUAAAAAGGCAUAUUUUUCUGUUUUAUAGCUGCCCAAUCGUCCUUUUAAGUUGAGAGUAUAUUUACUGAAUGGUAACACUAAUUCUGUUUAUUUAUUUUAAAUGAUGGUUUGCCUGCUUGGAGCUGCUUUAAUUAA